AUGGAUGGAAAUAUGGGAGAGAUGUCAGUUCACAGCCAUGUGGAGCUUGCACACAGUCAGGAUAGUCGAGCGAUGUUGCACUCCCGAGACCUCUCUGCUGCUUUCCCACGUCCCCCUCUGGGAAGCCCACCCAUGGGCCUGGAACAUGAGCACAGGAGUCCUGGAUACGACCACGGCAUGCCCCCGCUGGGGUACGGCAGGGACACACCGACGAGCUGUGGCAGCACCUACACCACUCUGACACCCCUCCAGCCAUUUGAUGACAAGUUUCAUCAUCAUCACCACCACCAUCCCUGUUUACCAGUCAGCAAUGUUAUCGGUAGCUUUACGCUCAUGCGUGAGGAUAGGGGCCUUGGAGGAAACUUCUAUAAUCCCUAUGGCAAAGACUUGGGUAUGGCACAGAGUCUGUCACCACCGCUGGCCAGCUCAGGCCUGGAGACAGCCAUGCAUGGCUAUGGCUCUUUGGGGAGCCAGAAUGGACACAGUGGCCAGAUGCUAGCAGGCAGCCAUGAGGUCCAUAUGGGCAGCAAUGGGGGUAACAUAUUCUGCCGAACAGCAACAGACUUUGGAAGGGAAAUGUCACCGCCCUCUCUGGGGGGUGACCAUGGGGUCACUCACCAGCUAAACAAGAUGGACACCCACCAGCAUGCGUCCACCUACCACCCCCACAUUUACACCCAGACCUAUCAGCACCACCACCCCAGCCAACAGGCCUCAAAGCUGGGGGAACUUCCUGGCUCUUCCCCCUCCUCAUCCUCCUCCUCCAGUUCCAGUCUGACCAGGGAGGGCAUGCUAGCUGGCUCCCAGAGUGGCAGCGCUGGUGAGGAGAUCAACACCAAAGAUGUGGCCCAACGGAUCAUCACUGAGCUGAAGAGGUACAGCAUCCCGCAGGCCAUCUUCGCUGAAAGGGUGCUGUGCAGGUCUCAGGGCACCCUGUCAGACCUGCUUAGAAACCCUAAGCCCUGGGGCAAGCUCAAGUCUGGCCGUGAGACCUUCAAGAGGAUGUCCCGCUGGUUACAAGAGCCGGAAUUUCAGAGGAUGGCUUCACUGCGACUUGAAGCAUGUAAGCGCAAAGAGCAAGAGCAGUCAAAGCAGGAGAGAAACCAGGGACCGAAGCGCACUCGCCUCGUCUUCACCGACCUGCAGCGGCGCACGCUCAUGGCCAUCUUCCGGGAGAACCAGCGACCAGCCAAAGAGCUGCAGGUCACCAUCGCACAGCAGCUGGGGCUCGAGCUCUCCACCGUCAGCAACUUCUUCAUGAACGCCCGCCGCAGGAACCUCAAUCGCUGGAGCGAAGAGGGACGCCCAUCCUCCACCGGCUCCUCAGGGUCCAGCACCUCCUCCCCUGCUGUCUCCUGCACCACAGCAUGA